CGGAGCCGCCUGCGACGUUUGAAUCGUCGGCGUCGAGGGGACCCAAAUGUGGACCACAAGGUCCGAUGGGGAGGAAGACCCAUCAAUGCCGCACUUCCACUCUGCAUCAUUCUUUAUUAAGCUGGCUCAUGUCAGGGCUCGUAUGGGCUCUCCUGAGCGUGUGAGUGAAGCUUUGGCGUUGGACCCAAGACGGCGACCAGCCAUUCUGCUUUAAGAUCCAACACCACCACAGCCUCUCUACGAUAGAGCAGAACAUCCUCUUUCCACUGCUUGCCGUCACGCAGUAUCCCCCGCUCGAGCACGUUGAAAUAUUGCGUUGUUGCACGGUUUUUUGAUUCCGCUACGUGUGAGUUGUCCAAUUAGCUGCAAUUUGGUCGCAAAUUGGCUACUGUAAGUCAAAUAAGUGGUGCUUUAUUUGCAGCUGUUGUGAGAAGAAUUCUUGAAGGUAAACCAACCAUGUCGAAAAUUACCCCCUGCCUCUGGUUCGAUCACGGCAAAGCAGAGGAGGCAGCGGCCUUCUACGUCGCUCUGCUGCCCGAUUCUCGCAUCGACAAGAUUGUCCACGCCCCAGCGGACAAUCCCAGCACUCCUAGUGGAGCGGUCUUGUUGGUGAAAUUCACGCUGGCGGGUCGGCCAUUCCUGGGCCUCAAUGGAGGGCCAACCUUCAAGUUCACGGAAGCAGUAUCGUUCACCAUCGACUGCGACGACCAAGCCGAGAUCGACCACCUCUGGGACGCACUCAUCGAGGGUGGGGGCUCACCCAGUGACUGCGGCUGGCUGAAGGACCGCUACGGCUUGUCGUGGCAAAUUGUGCCCAAGGUGCUCCCGGAGCUUAUGAGCAACUCCGACUCAGAAAAAGUGGCGCGAGUGUUUCAGACCAUGAUGACAAUGCAGAAGCUGGACAUCGAGAAGCUCAAGGCUGCCUGAGAUAAGCAUCGCGGAGCCUCGCAGCCAAGAACAGAACGCAGAACUCUCUCAGAUCUAGACCCCACAUUCCACCGGAUUGUCAUCCAGCUCCUAGUAGGCGUCCUAGUAGCUCCUUCCCCGAUUGCCAUAGCCCGAAUGUAGCAAGUAGUGAACGCGUGAAUCUGGAAUUGGGCCGCAUCGGCGCUGACUCUCCUUCUAAGCUCGAUGCCCCGUUCUCAGUCCCUUCCGUCGCUGCUACUCUGCAGCUUCUGCUUCGACGUGACGAUGAAUGAUACUUUCAUGUGAUAUUUGGAUGAACGAUUAUGUUUUUCUGGUUGUGUGUUUUACAAUGCAUUGGCAAUUUUA